GCUUCAGCCAUUGACUUUUUCAAAUCGAAACGCAGCCUUUUCGUUGCGCCACCAACCUUCCGUGACGAGAUUCCUUUUGACUUCCAGAACAGAAGUUGCUUAGGGCAAGAACAUGCUCAAACCCUCAUAAAUUGUCCUACGCCCUGCGCCCGUCCUUCGACGCAGAGUCCUCUCCAAUCAUUCACCCAAUAUUCAACGCUACUACAGAAUCACCUCCCGCCCUGCUUUGUGUACAUUUUCAAAGCAAGUAUCCGCACUCAUUACAUCGACGACUAGACAAAAUGUCGGGUCUGUUCAGCGCCGCCUCUAGCUCGUCUGGAGGCAACACUAUCGGCGACUUGAAGAAUGACGUUGCCAUUACCAACCCCCCAGAGGACACUGUUUCCGACAUUGCCUUUUCUCCUACCGCCGACAUCCUCGCCGCAUCGAGCUGGGAUAAGAAGGUCCGAAUUUACCAGAUAGCAGCCAAUGGUUCUAGUGAGGGAAAGCAUAUAAUCGAGCACGACGCGCCCGUAUUCAAUGUUGAUUUUUCAAAGGACGGAAACAAGCUCGUAUCAUGUGGCGCUGAUAAACAGGCCAAGGUCUGCGAUCUCCAAAGCCUUCAGACCGUACAGGUCGCGGCGCAUGAUAAUGCCGUCAGAGCCGCCCGAUUUUUCGAACUCCCAAAUUCCAACGGCCCCAUGCUUGUUACUGGUUCAUGGGACAAGACCAUUAAAUACUGGGAUCUGAGAUCACAGACACCUGUUGGUACUGUGACCUGUCAAGAGCGUGUAUACACCAUGGAUGUACGCAACAGCCUCCUUGUCGUUGGCACCGCGGACAGGUAUAUCAACGUGAUCAACCUACAAGACCCUCUCAAAUUCUACAAGACCCUUCAAAGUCCUCUCAAGUGGCAGACCAAAGUCGUGAGCUGCUUUACAGACGCCUCUGGGUUUGCAAUUGGCAGCAUCGAGGGACGGUGUGCCAUACAAUACGUGGAAGAUAAGGACUCAAGCUCCAACUUCUCGUUCAAAUGCCACCGGGAUACUCCCUCGAACAACAUCACACCAGUCUACUCAGUCAACGAUAUCUCAUUCCAUCCCCAACACGGAACGUUCAGUACUGCCGGUAGCGACGGCACAUUCCACUUCUGGGACAAGGAUGCCAAGCACCGACUCAAAGGCUAUCCGACCGUUGGUGGUAGCAUCACAGCUACCACGUUCAACAGCUCCGGCACUAUCUUCGCAUAUGCUGUUGGCUACGACUGGAGCAAGGGGUUCAUGGGAAACAAUCCGACCUACCCCAACAAAAUAAUGCUACACCCAAUUCAAGGAGAGGAGUGCAAACCUCGACCCAGCGUCAAGAAGCGCUAGGACCCUCAAGCAGCGAAACAGGCGAAGCCCUCAAAAAGCAAGGGAAAGAACGUCAAACUUUCCUAACCACCACAGAAUAACUAGUGUAUUAAUUGCAGCAUGACUUGUUAGCGGUCCUGGGAUGAGCUCCUUCAAUGUCAAGGAGUUUAGGUAGCAAAUUAGUACCCACUUAAUCAGCGAUAAAGAAUAGAAUUCUGGAUGCUAAAGUGCGUUCAUACGAUUGAGAUGUUCAAACGUUUAACUGCUGUAUAACUGCCGAUAAACAGUCGAAUAAUUGUUUAUUAAUAGAUAUAAUUGAUCGUUGUUUCUUACUUUGAAAAGUUGUAGAUGUUUAGAAGGAACAAGUACUUGAACGAAUGGUCGCGCCAACAUGUAUUGAAUUGGGCAGGGGCCCCUACUGAGUUUCUCCUCCCAUCUGCAUACCUUUAUAUAUACCUAGGUAUAGGUAGUCAACAGUGCUAGGGCUUUAGGCCAAUCUUCCCAUCUACAAACUUGGAAUAUAAUCCCAAUGGUCAUGUCUUAACAGUUGCAAUCAGGGUCUACUGUUAAACUCCGAGUCAAAACUUAGGUACGCCUAAAUCAAG